AUCAGUGUGAGUAACAAAUCUGCAGAGUCAACAGAGAGUCAGCAGAAUAAAUAGUGAAUUUUGUAAUAACCUUGCACAUUCCUCAAUGAGAUCAAACCACCCACCAGGACAAACACACGGUCACACCACCACAUCACACACAAAUCUGAAUAAUUAAGUUUGCACUUUUAAUACCACCUUCUUUUAAUUCAAUUCUCAAUCCGUCCACUUUACGUCUUCACUUCAACCGAACAACAGCUGCAAUCGAGAUCAAGCAGAAGGAAACCUAAUUUGCAACUUUACCUCUCACCAUGUUCAGCUGGCUGCAAAACGAUGAGACAAAGAAGAAGUCGACCGAGUUAUUCGACACGGUCGCUUCCGGGUUGAGAUCCAUUUACAAGCACAAACUCCUCCCACUCGAAUCCGCCUACCAUUUCCACGACUUUCACUCCCCGGCGCUGGAUGAUCCAGACUUUGAGGCGAAACCCAUGAUCAUGUUGGUAGGUCAGUACUCUACGGGAAAGACCACUUUCAUCCGCUACCUGUUGGAGAGGGACUUUCCUGGGAUUAGAAUAGGACCUGAGCCCACGACGGAUUCAUUCAUUGCCGUCAUGCAUGGGGACAAGGAUGGCAUAAUCCCUGGAAACGCCCUCGUCGUGGAUCCUAAAAAACAAUUUCGCCCCCUCUCAAAGUUUGGGAAUGCUUUUCUCAACCGUUUCCAGUGUUCGAUGGUUGCAUCGGAUGUUCUCAAGGGAAUCUCUAUCGUGGACACUCCAGGAAUAUUGUCAGGCGAAAAACAGAGGGUUGAUCGUGGCUAUGACUUCACGGGAGUGCUGGAAUGGUUUGCGGAACGGGUGGAUCGUAUCAUUCUACUCUUUGAUGCUCACAAGCUGGACAUUUCAGACGAGUUCAAGAGGUCCAUUGAAGCCUUGAGGGGGCAUGAUGACAAAAUACGCAUAAUCCUCAACAAGGCGGAUAUGGUUGAUCAUCAACAACUCAUGAGAGUGUAUGGGGCCUUGAUGUGGUCUCUGGGCAAAGUACUUCAGACUCCGGAAGUGGCACGGGUGUACAUUGGAUCAUUCUGGGACCAACCCCUUCGCUACGACUCGAAUCGAAAACUGUUUGAGGCUGAAGAACAAGACUUGUUUCGUGACCUUGAGAGCCUGCCUCGUAAUGCAGCGCUCCGUAAGUUGAACGACCUCAUCAAGCGAGCUAGGCUGGCUAAAGUUCACGCUUAUAUCAUCACAUCGCUAAGGAAAGAUAUGCCUUCAAUGUUUGGAAAGGACUCGAAAAAGAAGGAGCUCAUCAAAAAUUUGGGUGAAAUUUAUCUCCAGAUUCAGAGAGAGCAUCAAAUAUCUCCAGGAGACUUCCCAGACCUUAAAAAAAUGCAGGCUGAACUUGCAAAUCAUGAUUUUUCCAAGUUUGUCCCUCUGAAGCCCAAACUUAUCGAGAUUGUUGACCACAUGCUGGCCAAUGACAUUGCCAAGCUGAUGGGCCAAAUUCCGCUGGAAGAUGCAGCCCAGCCACAAGCUACGUCGAACGUCAAGGGUGGAAUCUUUACGGGUCAUCAGGACACAUCCACACCAUUUGGAUUCAAACGGUUUGAGGGUGUGGAAGCAGGUCGUGGUGAAUCGGACUGGAUUGUGGCCAAGGAGAAGUACAAGUAUGAUGAAAUUUUUGAGAGUUUGAAGAACAGUGAAGACAAGGUUGCUGGUGCUACAGCCAAGGCCGAAAUGGUCAAGUCUAAACUUCCAAACACAGUUUUGGCCAAGGUUUGGAAAUUGGCGGAUGUGGAUAAGGACGGAAUGUUGGACGAUGACGAGUUUGCAUUAGCGAUGCAUCUAAUCAAUAUCAAAUUGGAUGGUCAUGAUUUACCGGACGAGUUGCCUAGCCAUCUUAUCCCACCUUCGAAACGUCCCUUCCACUCGGGCGACUAAGGAAGAUCAGCCAAUAACCAAAACCACACCCACCCACCGCCCGAAACCAAUCAUGCUUUCACAAUCACAGAACAAUUAUUACCAAAUAGAUUUUUAUUUUGAAAUUGAAGGAACCGUUUCAUGAGUUUGGUGCGAAUCACAGCAGCAGCAACUAAGUAGCCAUCACAGCACAUUAAAUCAAAUCAUCAACCCAUUAUUGGUCUUCUUAUUAGUGUUUCAACUGGACCUGUGUUAUUUGUUCCUCCAAUUGACUGCUACAUAUAUCUACUGUAUACAUUUGUGUAUCAUACAUUUUUCUCACAUGAAAUGCCACUAAAUGCAAUGUUCGACUCAUUUUAAAGUCGUGAUAUACAAUGUUGAUUGAUGACAUCAGGAUUUAUAAGUACAGAGAUGAACUAUUAUUAGUAUGAUUAUUUUACUGUAUUUCCUGAUUCCCUAAUGUGUGUCCCAAAUGUUAUUAUCAUCAUGGUCUAUGUGCGCCUGUUGAACUAUUGCCACAAUGCAACAUUGGGCUGUCCAAGUAUUUUCUUACUCUUGCACAAAGUUUAAAGUACCCAAAAAAGCCUACGGAGUCUAGCCUGACGUAUAACCAGAUAAAAAGAAGUUGUAAUGCGCACAUAUAAUAAAUGCCUUGCUCCAAAUGUAUA